UCUCCAGUUAGUGUCGGAUGAGCCGGCUUGCCAGCCGGUUGUCGUGGUCCUUGUAUACAUCUACCUCGAUAAUAAAACGUGUGUGUUGGCUUUUGAUAAGUGAUGUGACAUGUGCGAUCACGGCGAUAAAAUAUCAGUGUUGUAGCCGUCAAAAAAAAUUUUUUAUAUCUUCUCUACAAUCUUUUUUUACUCCAUUAUUUUUUUCUACCUUUAUUAUUAUUAUUUCUUCUUUAUCUUCUUUAUCUUAUUCUUCUUUGUUAGUUGGCCAUUUAAAAGAGUAUCCCCGAUACGAGUAGAAACACUACACAGCAAGUAUUGCGAAAGGUCGAUUUGACGAGGGUUGUAUUGUAUCGUAUAAUUUAAAAUUCAAAAUAAAAUAAAAUAAAAUAAAAAUGGUCGACGGGUACGAUUCUAUGGAGCCCGGAGAAAAUGCAGAGGGCCAUCCCGAUUCAAAUUCACAAACGAACGAUCAUUCAUUCUGUGAAGAUGAUUUGGAACGUGCCAAGGACUCAAAUUCUCAACAAACACCUACAACUACCAUUAGCACGAUCGCACUACAGAGUGGCGACACACGGCUUGUUAUUGCUCUUCUUCAAAGUGGAGAAUGGUUAAGAUUAAAAGUGCUGGAAGUUUAUCCGGAAUUAACGAGACUCGGUACAACGGUAGAUGAAGCAAAAAGACUGUCAGCUGCACAUGACGAGGUACUUGUACGUCUUCAAAGUAAGCAAAGUCCAGUUGAAGAAUUACUUAGACAAGCGGAUCAACUAAUCUCGACUCAAAGACCUCGCGCAGAAGUAUAUGCUGCUAUGGCUGAUACUCUGGGUCAAGCUUGGAGAGACGUUAAUUCUCUUCUUGAGCUUCAAAAGCAGAUAUUAGAUCAUAAUGUUCUUUUCAAAUGUCGGGCUGAAGAAUUUAAAGUAAAUGCCAAAGCACUUGAAAAAGCUUGUACUGAUACGUUGCUUCCCAUUGAGAUAGAAGUAGUUAAAAAAUUCCUCACUAGAAUUCACGAUUUAAGGAAAGCGAUGCUUAGUUCGCUGAUGGGUGCUCUGCAAGAAGGUCGAACUCUGUUAGAUUGUCUCAGGGAAAUAGCCAACGAGGGUACACUAGAUUCACGACCAGAUAGAAUAAAAGCCGACGCUAAUAACGCUGUUCUUCAAGUUGAGAAGUGGUUGGAAGAAUUACAUGACCAAAGAACCCGCAUCGAGCUGUCUUUUACUAAUAGAAAGACUCAAUUAGAGCAGUGUCUAGCCUUAGCACUUCUUGCCACUGAUUUACGGGACCUGGAAGAAAUAAUAAACGAUCGGAUGGCAGCCCUACGUGCCAGCAGUGACCAACUGGGCGAUUCUUCAUCAAGUGCCGGACUUUUGUUGUUUGAAUUGAAAAAAUUACAGCUUGACGCUAAAGAACUGCAAGAACGUUCUUUGAAAAUAACUAAAUCAACAGAGAGAUUGGUAUCAGCAAAACACUUCGCAGGUGAACAGGCCACGGCACAGGCUUACGUGAUCCUCGAGACCGCGACGGAAUAUGUUAAUGAGUUAGAUCAGUAUGAAGGUUUACUGAAUCGAGCGAUAGCUUUCUUUGAAUCUGCACGAUCAGCAUUUACAAAAUUAGAUCAGCUAGAGAUUCAAUUAGCAACGACCGAACAUCCUCCACACUCCCCACAACUUGCUCGUUUUCACGCCCAAACUUCAGCAACGCUCACGGAAGUAACUUCUAGUCCGCUUGCAGAGGGUUAUUCUCUGCUCGAUGUCACGGGAAGAGGAGCGCCCGGUGCAGAGGGUGUUAAGCGAACCGUCGAAGAGUUGGAAAACCGGAAGAUACGUCUCCUUGAACGUUGCACCGCGCAUAAGGAAGAAAAUGUCAGGAUCACAAAGGGCCUGGCGAUCUUCUUUGAAAAAUACGAAGAGUUGCGAUCGUGGCUCAAUGGCAUUGCCGAUGCGUUUUUACGCGGGCAUCAGGACAUGGGAAGUGAUCUGCCGAUGGCUAAAGACUUUUAUAAAAUGCACUGUCAAUUGCUGGAGGACUUGGGUAAACGGGGAGACGAAAUUGAUGAAGCAUUGUCGGUUUUGUCGGGUACAAUUAUGGAAAUCACUGACGAAAGACAACGAGUUGCGCAGAAGAAACAUGUUGAAGAUCGUGUCGAUGCCUUGAGAGACUCCUGGUUGGAUUGCAGGCAUACUGUCGAAGCGAGACUUCAUCUUAGUGCUCUUUAUGUUGACUUUCAUGAAGCAGCAGCUGCUUUGGGUAAAGAACUUGAUGAAGUUGAGAACGAAUUUAAGAAAAAUUCCGAUAAUGUCGAGGAAGGGAAAAUUGAUAAUUUAGAAAAACGGUGGAAUGAAUUGCGACCUCUGUACAUGAGACUGACUAGCUGCGGAUCAGUAUUUUUAACAGAAGCUGAUCGGUGCACUGAUGCGUACUUGGACAUCCUGCGUGCACGACUGUGCGUAGAAACGACCUUGGAACGCUUCGCUAACAGGCAACUAACCGUGACUGAAUCAUGGGAGAACUGGCAGACUUCGGUUGUUACAACAAGGGAGCGAAAAAUUGAACAAGAAAGACGAUUUGAAGAAACCACUAAAACACUAGCAUGGGCAUCUAAGUUUGGCGAACAGCUGUAUCCCAUCAUAACGUCUGAGUCUAUUAAACCAUCGGUUAUUCUUCAGGAUCUUGAAAGCACGCAGCUGGGUAUUCUUCCAGAACUUAAGAGGGCUGUUACUGAGUUAGACGCGAGGAUCAAGAGCGUUGAAAGUUUCACGAAUGGAGAUGACAACGUGAGCGAACGAAUAAAAGAAAAAUUAUCAAAAGUUUACGAGCAUCUUCGAACGACCGCGACUGAUUAUCAAAAUUUGUUAGAAUCACUGAUCUCUAUUUUCGAUGAUCUUGUCCAGAUUGAAAAUAAAACAGAAGAAGUAAAUGAAAUUCGUCAUGAUUUAGAGAAAUCAACGUCAGGAUUUUUAACAGAAUCAGGUCGAAAUGAUAUACGAAUAAAAGCAGAAACAAUAAAUAAAAUACGUGACUCGAUAACGGAAGUACUUAAAAAUGUUGAACCGGCAAUUGAUCAAGUGAUAUCGAGAAUUAAAACUCAAGAGCCUGCAGAAGCUGCCGUGCAAGAAACAGAAAAAUUAAACAACGUUUUUAAUUUAAUUUCUGCGAGCUGGGAAACCGUUUGUACGGAUACUAAAUUAAAAUUCGACAAACGUUUGCUUUUUUGUAAUUUUGCUGAUGACUUGGAUCGUAUUGACGCGGAUCUUAUGCAUUUAAGUGAACAAUUAGCCGGUAGUGCUGAGUCAGGACAUCGUUUUACUGGUGACUCUUUGCCAGCGGCUGAGGCUGCUUCUUCGGCUUUUUCACAAUUCGAAAAAACAGUCACGAUUUUAGAGGAAAGAAUAAAAGCAUUUAUAAAAUCAACCGAAAAUAAUGUUGAAUUAACAACACCAGAAUCAGCACCGGUGAUAAAUCGUGAGCUUUUUAAACUUCAAGAGCGAUGGGAUCAAUUAAAACGAUUGUCCGAAGCCACAAGAGAACGAAUUAAUUCAAGUAUUGAGUACUUCAGGCUUCUUGAGGAGGCUAAAAAUUGGUAUCGAGACGGAAAUAAGCUGAUGAUUGUAAUAGCAAGAAAAUCAUCAUCAGCAAAGACCCCAGAAGAGGUACUGGAAUGCCUGACAGCGAUUGAUGGAUACUUGAAACCCGGCGAGGAACUUCAGGAGAAACGUAUUGAGAAAAUUCGUGAUUUAUCAACAAGAAUCUUUGGUACUGAUCGGCUACCGCAGUUCAACGAAGUCGUUGUAGAAAAUCGCGAGACCCUAGACUCGUUUGCAGUGAUAACAUCUGAAUUACGUACAUUAGCACAAAACUUGAAAAACUCAGCGGAUAUUUUCGAAGAGAAACAACGUGAGAAAAAACGCGAAGAGGAGGAAUUGAGGAAAUUAAAUGUUGCUAGGGCAGAAGCACAGGCUGCUUACGAAGCAGAAAUCGAACGAAAAAAACUUGAAACCAUUAUGGAGGAUAAAAAGAAACAAGAACAUGCGUUAAAAAGUUCUGUAUCUGCACAAACCGAGGAAGAGCUAAAGGUAGUCGAAGAAACGGUAACCUCAGCAGUUACCACUAAAGAAAUAAUUAUUCUGCAAAAGACAGAAGUAGAGGAAGAUUUACCGGUUCUCAUGCCGCCGAUUCCAUCAGUUUACAAUCAAGUGAAAGAAUCCACUACAAAUAUUAAAAAAACUCAAGUUGAAGAACUUGUUUUACCUGAUCCACCUAGAUUUAUAGUGCCGCUGAAUGACUCGACCAUUGAGGAAGGCAACCGAUUUAUCUUUGAAUGUAAAUUAGAGCACGGAAAACCAAAGCCCGAAAUUAUCUGGUACAAAGACGGUAUCUCGAUCCUCAAUAAUCCGGAUUACUUGACGAGUUAUAAUGAAGAAACUGGUCAGUGUAUUUUAAAUAUCGAGGAAACAUUCGCUGAGGAUUCUGCGAGAUUUAUUUGCAAAGCUUUUAAUACCGCUGGAGUCGCUGAAACUGGAGCUACGCUUACGAUAAAAGAGACCGCACCAGAGCAACAACUAAGUCCUCCUACCUUUGUGAAAGAGCUGCUGCCAUCAGUUGCCACUAAAGGCUCUCCUCAUUUCUUGUCGUGUACAGUGACCGGUAAUCCUCUUCCGACAGUCCAGUGGUUCAAAGAUAACACCAACAUUGAAGACUCUUCUCCCGAUUACGCGAUAACGUACAAUAACGGCGAGGCUGUAUUGAAGUUCACCGAAGUAUUACCGGAUGAUCGCGGUGUCUAUACAUGCAAAGCGAAAAAUAAACUAGGACAGGCGUCUACUUCAGCAAACUUACAAGUACAGGCAGCCGAAAUAGAUGAAAAGAAAACAGUGGAAGUGAUUCAGUCAAAUGGAAUAUCCAGUUUAACUCCAGAACCCAGUGAAGAAAGUAAAGAAAUAAUUUCCAAGGUCAGUUUUAUAAAGGAGCACAAAAUAAUUCAAGAGUCACGAAUAAUAAAAAUUGAAAGUCACACUGAAGAGAUGGGAGGGAGUGCCAGUCACAUUAUACCUGAUGCUUCUGCUCAGGAAAUAACAACCUCCGUUAAUCAGGAAGAAAUUGUUGUUCCUGUUAAGGUUGAAACCGGUGUAGUUAAGAGUCCGGAGAUGCCAGAGCUCUUUAAAGUGCCCGAGCUUAUUAAACCCAGUGUACAAUUACCGCUUAAAGAUGUACAAGUAUUUGAAGGUAAUACUGUGAGACUAGACUGCGUGAUUAUCGGUCAGCCUGAACCUGAAGUAAUUUGGUAUCACGACGAUCAACCGGUUAAAGAAUCCGCUGAUUUCCAAUUGCUAUUUCAAGGUGACAGAUGCUCUCUAAUUAUUCAUGAAGCUUUUCUUGAUGACGCUGGUAAAUAUAAAGUAGUUGCUAUUAACAGUCAAGGUGAAAUUUCAAGCCACUGCGUUUUAUCAGUUAUACCAUCUUCGGAAGCUGCCAAAAAGUCCACAGUUGGUACUGCGCCCCAGUUCGUUAAAUUAAUAGCCGACGUUUUGGUAUCUGAAGGUGAAGAUGCGAUUUUCGAGUGUCAAGUAACCGGAGAACCUAAACCAGAUUUGAGAUGGUACUUCAACAAUGAAGAGAUAGUAUUUGUUCAUGAAAGAAUAACAAUGACACACGAUGAGACGGGUAAUUGUACUCUGAAAAUAUCAUCGACUACGGCUGAAGAUAAAGGAAACUAUGUAGCCAAAGCGAUAAAUCUUAUUGGUGAAGCCAAAGCAAUAGCCCGACUAGUAGUUAAACCAGCGAGCAAUGAAUCAUUCAAACGGGAAGAAUUGAUUCCGAUGGAAGAAAAAUUUGUCGCUCCGUCAUUUGAAGAAGUUUUUGAAGACAAACGUGUUGUCUUGCCGGGAGUUUCUACUAAAUUUGAAUGUAUUGUUCAUGGGAAGCCGACUCCAAAGAUCCAAUGGAUGUUCAACGAGAAACCUGUGCACGGAAAAAGUUUUUUAGUGUCUGUAAGUGGUGACAGACAAGUUCUAACGAUACCGGAAACAAGUCAAGAACACGUGGGCUUUAUCUCAUGUGUUGCUGAGAAUACUGCGGGCAAAGCGACAUGUACUACGCAACUCGACGUUAAAGGAGCUGAAGAGACACAAUUUACAACGGCCAAGGGGGUGGAGGACGUAAAAGAUAAUUUGUUACCUCUUGGGGACGAAAUGCAGGCUACGAGCAGUACCGAAAAACACUUCAUCACCGAAAGAAGUACAUUACCCAGUGACCAAGUGGAUGAGAGCAGUCUCACCAAAAUGUCAUCCUCUUUCUCUCAGUCGUCAACGACUAAAUCCUGUUGUACUAAAGAAUUUAAAUCCUCAACGACAUCGUCUAGUGUAAUUACUGAGCCGCAGUUUAAACCAGCACCGGGUAAUGUUGUUACAAAAUCUCAUGUUGAAAGCAGAGAGUACAGUUCUCAGCAGAAUGGAGGCCCGCCAGUUGUCCAGAGUCACAAAGUCGAAGAAUACGAGCAAAUUGUUCAAGAUACCCCAGGUCAACUGCGACAAGAAAAAACCAAAAUAGUAACAGAGGGUAAUGUUUCGCUGAAGAUGCAAAAGCCGAUGAGGAAAAAUGUCGCUCCCAGAUUUGUAUCACCGUUGACGGGAAUGAUUGUCGAUCAGGGGCAUGACGUUGUCCUUGAAGGAGUGAUUGAUGGUUUUCCAACGCCAACAAUCACUUGGAUGAAAAACGGCCAGGAUAUAAAAGAAGGAAUAAGGAUAACGUUUGAGCACAAUCAUGUGCGACUUGAAUUGAAAAAUGUAAAUGUUAGAGAUGCUGGUAGAUAUACUUGUACGGCUGUUAAUGAUAUUGGAAAUGCCAGCAGUACAGCAGAUUUAGUUGUUAAAAAAACAAUUUUCCCGCCGGUCUUCGGAAAACGUCUUCAAGCACAAGUAGUAAAAAAAGGCGACCGCGUAUUAAUGGAAGUUGAGAUAACAGGAACACCAGAGCCAACAGUCACGUGGUACAAAGAUGACGAGCCUCUGAUUGAUGUUGAUGGACAACUGAAACAAAUUGGAAAUUGUUAUUUAUUAAUUAUUGAUGCAGCUGAAAAACGUCAUGCUGGCAAGUAUAUGGUUCAUGCAGUAAACGCUGGUGGUGAGGGACAAAGUAUAGCUGAUUUUGCAGUCUUUGAGCCAACUCCAGAUACUAUGGUAGAAGUUCAUAAAACAAUUGUCUAUGAAAAUGUUGCUGACAAAAAUUUAAAGUUGGAAGAAAAGAAGAGCGAACUACCAUCAGCAGCAUUAACAGCCGAGCAUAUAGCGACCACUACAAUACAGCCAAGUUCAACAUUGAAAACAUUGAACCCGAGCUCUGGGUCAACUCCGUCCUCGAAGAUACGUAAAAUAGAACUGAUAGGACAGAAAAAUGGUCAGCAUACUGAAGAAGUAAUUGAGAAAGCAACGCGAUCUGAAAUGAUAUCAUCGACGAUAGAAUCUCACCAAAGUGAGACAAAGUCUGAGCAAAAGUUCCACAUGAAGCUUCAACAUCAAGCUCCGGAUUUGUUUGGUACUGACACUCCUGCUGCUCCUACUGUGACGACUACAACCACGAAAAUCAGUACUAAGGAAACUCAGAAAGGUGGAGAGCCUGUUUCAACUCGCACUACAGAGUUCAUGGAGUCAAAGACAACUGAAAAGGAUCUCGCUGAAGAGAAUGAGAAUGUAGAGACGACGACAAUUGCCAAGAAAGACGCAUUGAGUUUCUUUGAAUCGAUGUCCAAAGACAGCGAAUUGACACCGAAAGGCCCCAAAGCCAUGAUCAAGCUCACGGAAGAAGACAAAGAUGGAAACUAUGAUGUCAAGGUGGACAAACUAACGAAAAAUUACGAACGAUCGACUAAAUUUGAAGAGGUUAAAAAACCAGUUCCUGAAGCCCCUGCUAAAAAAUCUGUUCAGGAUAUUUCUCAUAAGUUUGAAACUCCAGUAAUAACUAAAGGCGUUGAUAAUGUUAUGAUUGAUUUUCCCUACGACGAUUAUAAAUUGCCGGCUCUUAAUAUUCAGAGAACUGUUCUUGAAGACACAACAGCAUCGGGUUCUCCUAUUCAUGGUACGUUAACUAUUUCCCGGCUUGUUGCUCAGUCUGAGAGCGCUGAAAAAAUGUUAUCAGGUUUUAAUCUCGUGCCAGAGCCUCCGCCAGAAAUUGGCUACAUGCCAAAGUCCGAGGAAGAAGUUAAAAAAGGAAUAGAUGUAUCAUCAAAAGCAAAACAACUUCAGGAAUUCCAUAAAAAAUCCGUUGAUGCUCCGAUUGGUGGCGUUAAAAUUUUCCCAAGCGCUCCGCCAGUUAAAUCUCAAGUUUCUCAAGUUAAAGAAACUAAACCAACGACUUGUAUUCCGCCGCCGUUUGAACUCAGUGAGUCGAAAGAAUUUUCUAAAAAAGAAGUUGUCGAAGAGUGUUGUAUUAAAAAAGAUAUACAUAGAAAAGAAGAUAUAAAAGUGUCGACAGCCAGCCCAGCGCCUUUGUCGCCGCCAAAAACUGAGCAAACAGACAAGUGGUGGUCAUCAACGUCUGACUUGGAGACACGUUCUCAUAUAUCAACAGAUUUAUCAGACUACCGGUGUCAAUCUGGUGCUUCUAGUCAGUUUGAAGGUCGUCCGUCUUCACCAAAACCAUCAGCAGACGGCAUUGCAAUGGAGAAAUACUGGGCUAAAUCAAAGACCACUGAAGCUAAUAGAAAAUCUUGGCCACCGCAAGCUGCUGGUAAAGAGACGACUAAAACUUUUACUAAACGUGAGGAAUGGAAAGAACCUGAGGUUGGUUACAAAACCUCUACGCACGAGAAUAGGGACGAAGUUGAAGAGAUUCCUGGCGGAGGAAUCACUAAAACUCAUAUUGAGUCUACCAGCAGUUUGGAAACUCGAUCAUGGAGUACACGUGAGAAUCAAAUACAGCAGACAACUAUUGAAAAACCUACUCCACCACCUCCAAAGCCUAUUAUUAAACCAGUAAGAGUUCCUUCACCGCCACCGAAACCAGCUCCAGCACCAGCACCAGUGACAAUGUACAAAGCUGAAACAACCAAAGUUGAUCAUAUUGUAAAUUCCGUUCAAGAGAAAUCUAUCAUGGAAAAAUAUUCAUCUGAGUGUGAGUUCAAUAAGACAGAGUCAAUGGAAAAAAUGAGUUCUUAUGAAGAAUUAAAAGCGCCGGGAUUAGUUAAAGCUAUUUCACCGAAACCAGUCGUUCAACUUUAUCAUCCUGCUGGAGAUGCUCCAAAACCAGAGCCGAUCAAAACGUUCCAAGAGUCAAAGUCGAUGUUCAAAGGUACUUUGGCUACAGCUCCAAAACGUCCGGUUGUUCAGCUUUAUCAUCCGUCAACGGAGACACCAAGAGAGCCGACAAUUAUUUUAGAACCAGGUCCACCACCAGAGAUGGGUUAUGCUCCACCGCCUCCAAUGUGCGAGAGAAAAAUGGAAUGCUUUGAAAAAACAAUGGAAAUGUCAGUUCACUCGCACAAGAAAGAAGAUGCGCCUCCGAUUCCUCCAAAAGAUGCGAGGAAAACUCCACCGCCUCUUCCAGCCAAAAAAGUGGAGCCAUUCACCUGUCCUCGAAUGUGUACUGCACCAGCGCCUUCUACUUUUGCCAGAGGUCAAUUUAUUGAGUCGGACUACGAAUCCGACUUCGAGUCAUGCAAAUCUAAAUGGCGAGUUUGUGAAAGUGAAAACGAUGAGCCUAAAUACAGAAAAGUCCAAGCACCAACACCAAGACAACCCAGGCCUAGAUCAACUGAGCCCGGACCAUUGCCUCCAUCUAGCUUUGAAAUACCGCCUCCAGAAUUAACUGGACCACCUAGACCUUGUGUCACUCCUGAUUAUUCAACUGAACACACAGCAUCAACUACCAACAAAAAAACCAGCUCAAUGAUGAGUAGACACGAGAGAAGUGCUAAGCAACAGCAGCAUUACCAAAAUCAAGGUUUCCCUCAGGACACUGCUGUCAAUCUUCCUAAGCCAGGAUCUCCGCCGAUCUUUGUCCACCCAAAAACUACUCCCGAGCCUCCGAAAUCCAAGACCAGAACUUUCCAGCAGGAGAGCGGGUACAUGGCUGAUACUGAUGAACCAUUUUAUCAACGAGAAGCAAAUACUGUUAUUCAAAAAACUUGCGGCAAAAAUGACGGCUCUUCAAUGUCAUCGAGUUCUUACGAAUCAAAACAAUUUAUGGAGAGCAAAACUUUCAUGAGCUCGUCGUCAAACCAACGGAGAGAAGAAUCAUCUUCUUCAUUUUCAUCUUGUCCGACUGUUCAAACUCCAGCUUCUAAAGCGCAAAUGCAACGAAGUUGCUACGAAAAAUCAUACAUGUCUUCUGCACCAACGAACACUACUAGAUCGUUUAAAAAUGACAAGGAAGAAACAAAUUAUUCCUGGUCGCAAAAUCAAAAAUUAAAUUCAGCUCCUAGUCCAUCCAGAUUCGCACGCGGCGAAUUUAGAGAAAGUGACUACGAGAGUGAUUAUGAAGGACGUAUUCCACCGCUAUGGAAACCCCGCGGUGAAUCAGAUAUCGAGGAUCAUUCAUAUAAAUCCGUUAAAUCAAAUUUGACAGGAAAACCGAUGAAACCGCAACCCGAAGUCGCGGUACCGCAGUCAUCGUGUAUGGCGAAGAAGAUGGAGUUUGAAAAAAUGGAGAGAGAAAAUAGUUGUGUUAAAAAAGAUGAUAAAAAAACACAAGUGUCACCGCCAAAGCCAAUCCCGAUGCGUCAAAAAUCUGUUUUACUGCCGGGAUCACCACCUGAGAUAGGCUUUGAACCACCACGGCCUCAUUCAUUUUACGAGGGACAUUCUGGAGUCCCGUCUUACCACAACUCUGGAACUGUUGGUACUGAGUUGAAAAAGACUGUGAGGAUGGACGAGUCGACUGAGACUAGUCGGCGAAUUGUUACCGUCGAGCAAACAAGUCGGGUUAUUAAAUUCGGUGAUGAUCAGAACUUUAAUCAUCAACAACACCAUCAGCAUCAGCAACAUCAUCAGCAACAUCAUCCUCAAUCAGUUUUCAGAGUACCAACACCCAAGAAAUUUAUUCAAGGUCACUUUAGAGAAUCAGAUUACGAGAGUGACGCAGACAUUGGAAGAAUAAGACCUAAAUGGACACCAGCUGAAAGUGAUACUGAUGAUCCGCAGUAUCGUAAAGUCCAGCCACCGAGAGCCUCAAGUCUCCCUCCGCCUCGUGAACCCGGUGAGAGAGUUGUCACUCCGAUGGAAUUUGAUCACCCGCCUGUGAUAAUUUCGGAGUCGCAAACAUACGAGGAGCAUUUGCGUCAGCUUCAACGGGAGAGUGAGAAAUUGAAACGGGAGAACCGUAAGAGCUACGAUUGCUCUACAUUGCCUUUUGAUAACAAAAAACAAGAAAGCAAAAAGAUAAUUGAUAAUCUCACUGAUUUCGCGGCACCACAAUACGGAUAUAUUAGUAACCGUGACAUGAAGAAUGCUGCUAAUCACGUAGCUUCGAAGCACAUGACGGACAUGACAAGCAGCUUCAAGGCUAAAACCGAAAAAUUCGUCAAAGACAUCCAGUCUGAUCUCAAGCACCAGAGCAAGCCAAUUCUCAAACACCCUCAGGAUAAGCAACACCAUCAGGAUACUGAUGAUUCUCAAGCUUAUCGGGAAGAAAAACGGAUGUCACAAUAUGGAACGAAACACAUCGAUCCGGACACCGGAUUGAUCUACUUCAAGUACGACUUUGGCUACGAGUUUGGUAUCGUACUGCCGGGUGAAAGCAAGAAGACCAUUGCCAGUAGUAACAAAACAAUCCAAGGUCAACGACGUCCCAGUGAUAUUGACGUACCGAUUUCCCACGAGUUUACAACAACAAAUCGUCAGGAGAAUGGAUUCACUCGCACGCCUUGGCAGUCCAAUAACAAUCACCAGCAAAAAAAUUACACCCCAAGUAAAUUUACCAGCGGGUCCAAGACUGUCAAGUGGGAACCAACAUCCGAGAGCGAAUUUUCCGAAGCUGAGGACUCUAUUCGACGAAAAAAACGUGGAGUUAUCCCUCCACCGCCGAGUUUAUUGAUACCGCAGAGUCCCAGCUCGCCUAGAUGGGAUCCAACAACACCAUCGCCGAUGUCGCUCAGCCCCAGUCUUCCCAGCUUCUCGCCUAGACACUCGAGCGCUACUACAGGACCACCAAGCAACGUUGACUCCUUCGCAGAAUCACCCUGGCCUAGUACCAACGGAGUCUCGGGUCCAAAAGAAAUUAUACAGCCUUAUUUAGAUAUUUUACCAAAGAAAGCUCCACUUUUUAUUACGCCACUGCGAGAUAUCGCUGUCGUAAGCGGCCAGACAGCAAGAUUUGAGUGCAUCGUUCAAGCAGAACCGCAGCCCAAUAUCCUGUGGUCCAAAGACGGAAGAAUCGUCGAAAACUCAGUUAACUAUGAAGUUUAUUACAGGAACGGAGUUUGUCGUCUUGUUAUACCCAGUGCCUGUCCAUCUGACGCUGGCACGUAUGUUUGUACUGCAACAAACAGUCUCGGUUCAACGGCAACAUCAUCAUCACUCCAAGUCCCAGGUAAUAGACGAUCUAUCUACGGCACUAAGUAAUGGACACAUGGUUUAUUGGGUCUCCAGAAUUAAAAAAAAAUUAGUUAUGGUGUUGGUGGUGGUGGAGUUUAAAAUGAAGCUUUCUUGUAUAUCUAUACCUACUUUCAAUUAUCUAAAAAAAAGAUCCAAGGAUACAAAUAAAAUGAUUAUUUUUCCGAUUAUAUCAAAUACUUUCGCUAAAAAAAAAUUCUUCGCUUAUGUAGACGAUAAAUUUUUCUUUAUGUAGAGAAUGCGCCUGUUUUUCCGUAUACUUUCUUUAAUUAUUUCAAAAUUUAUGCUUUGAUGGAUGGUUAAAUGUGAAUGAAAGUAAAUCUUGAAGUAGAUACACUAACUUUAAAUAAAUAAAUAAAUAAAUAAAUAAAUAAAAUAAACUAUCCUCUGGGAUUUAUAAAUGAAAUUUUUUAUAAGUAAAAAUAAUUACCGUCGUACUUAAAUCUGCGUGAUUAAAAUAUUAAUAAUUACAAUUAUUUGUUCUCUUUAUCGCUUGUUUUAAUUUAUUUAUCAAUAUAUUUCUCGAUAAAUAACAUAAAAACUAGCGAAAAAAAUGCUUAAGACACUUGAUUUUUAACAGAUGUGAUUAAAAAUAUACAAUAAUAAUUAUCUAGUCAUAACUGCGCACACAGUUAAAAAAUAAUAAUUAAAAAUAAAACAAAGUAACGAUUUAAUAAAAGCUGUAAUCUUUAAAUCUUCGUUACUGUUAUGUAAAUAAAUGUGUGCUUACUUUGCAAAAAUAUUAUUGGG